GACAGACGGCGGGGUCCUAGUUCGAUGGCACUUUGAUUGAAACAAUUUAGACGAAAUAAAUGACUUGUUGACGAGAUUAUAUCCGCCUGCAUAUUAUAUUGUAGUAAAAAUGUGGUGUAUGAACAAUUUUUAGACUAUUUUCACGGCUAUGUACCGUGUGUUUUGUGAUAUAAAGAUGUAUAUUCAGUACACGUUAGGAGCCAUUUUUGUAUUUAUUUUGUGCGUUCAUUGUGAUAAUGCUGCUAUUAACAACGAAAUUUUGGAGAUUUACGUUCCGUCCGCUCCACAAAACCUCACAGCAAACAGAGUCAUAUCAGAUGAAAUACAUCUAUCAUGGGCCCCGCCAGCCACCUACACUGUUCACAUUCUAGACACAUCCACAGACCGCAACGAAAGAACAACGCACCACCAGCCAGACCUUCAAGUCAUACCCAAAGACCUGCAGGGUGAUGCGCCAACGACGGAAGAAAAACAAGAUACAGACGCCCUUAUCAAACAAGAGAGACUCAAAGAUGACUACGCGUACAAUUUAUAUAAAAACGACAAACUUAAAUAUAACGAUGAGUUCUCAGCGUCAGAUAUACUAACAGAUGAAUAUAGGAAUAAGAGGGAGAUUCGAUCACAUAGACAUAGAAAGAGGCGGCAGGAUAACACAACGGAAAUUAGGUCACACGAGAAUGGCAUGGAGACGCAUCAAGCGUUCGAGUUACCAAUAGAAGUGGUCAAGAAAUCGGCACCUGCCAAAAUCGAUAUAACCCAAAUCGCAUACGUUUUGUAUUAUGAAGAAGGUGUAUCGAUCCGGAAAGGUGCGAGUGACUCGGUUGUUGUCAUGGGAGUGCCGUCAUCAGAUCAGGUGAAAAGGAAGAAUGUGUUCAGGAGUGAUCUGGGUAUGGAGGACUAUUUGAACGCAACCAGGAAUCUCACGCUUUUGAAUACGUCCGGUGUACCGACGAAGGUGGUUGGGUUUAGGUUGAAGAAUUUAAAACCAUUUACGCCAUACAAAAUCUGGGUGCGAGCGUUUUACAAUUUCCAACUAACGGGAGUGAAGUCCCACGACCUCAUACAGCGGCUCGGACCGCAGUCGGAGGCGUUGUAUGUGCUGUCUGAUGUGAAGCCGCCAUCUGCGCCGAUAAUAUUGAACCUUACCUGUGAUCUACCUAAUGGUAUCCUCUACUUACAAUGGCGUCAACCGCUAGAAUACAACAACUCGCUCGAUCAGUACGUGGUGACACUUCGCAAGAUACCGGAACAACAGCCAAGGACGCGACUCACUCUGCCAACUAACAAGGAUGAUAUAGAGACCACUAUCAGUGUGAAAGUUGAACUAUGGAACGUUACGCGUUAUGAAGUUAAAAUCUACGCAGUUACACUGUCGGUGGCUCGACCCAAUGCUCUAAUCAAUGGAUCCGAAUCGCCGCCAGAGACGGUAUCAAGCGAAUGGUGCACCGCGCAUUCAGAAGCGAUGUCCCCAGCUGAGAUGGGCAAAGCUAUGCGAGGCGCUAACGCGUCUGUAGCGCUUUUAGCCGCUGCUUUACUGACCGUUCUAGCCGCUGUCAGCGCUGGAUUGUUGUAUUGGAGAUGCAGAUCUCGCCUCAGCAAAUGUAUCAGUGCGGCUUAUAAUUAUUUAGAGGAGGGUGGCGAGAGGGCAGCUAGAGCGCCACUUAACACUUAUAAAAAGCCAGUAGUGCGUACGCCGGUGAGUGGUGCGGGCGCAGCUGCGGGCGAGAGCUGCGGCGGGCGGCCCCCGCGCAUCGCCGGCGCGCACUGCCCGCUCGUGCGCGCGCCGCACUUCCCAAGGCACGUGGCCGCGCUGCACGCCGACGGCGACAUCGGCUUCAGCAAAGAAUACGAAGUAGUUGUAGCAAAAUCGGCCGCGUUGGGCCACACUAGUCAUCACAGCUACAGACCGGAGAACAGACUGAAAAACAGAUAUUUGAAUAUAACUGCAUACGACCACUCGCGCGUGUGCGUAUCAGCGGGCGGGCGUUGCGGGGCCGCGGGCUGCGUGGGCGCAGGUCGUGGUAUCGCAUGUGACUACGUGAAUGCCAACUUCAUAGACGGCAUGCUGCCUGCGCUGAGUGACGCGGCUGUGGCUCGGCUUGAGCGGCGGUUGGAGAGACGGAAGAGACCACACAGACAACCUUCAGUCAAAGCAUCGAAGCCACCACCAAAUCUGGCUGAAGGAAUAGAAUCUGCGUUCCUCAACAUAGAAUUUUCUGGAAUCGUCGAGUCGGAGGAGCAACGUGAUUCGGACAGUGAUACGAGCGAUGAUGAUGAUCAAUUGGAUGAUGUAUUUGUGGAAAUCAACGGUGUCCCACGACAAAUAAAACUGGAGUGGGUGGUGUGGAAGCGACGGUACAUAGCGACCCAGGGCCCCACGCCGGCAACACUGGACGCGUUCUGGCGAAUGAUAUGGCAACAUCGCGUGCGGACACUUGUCAUGAUCACUAACUUGGUGGAGAGGGGACGGCGGAAAUGCGACAUGUACUGGCCGUCGGGCGGGCGCGGCAGCAGCGCGGAGUUCGGCGGCGUGCACGUCACGCUGCUGUACGAGGACGUGCGGGCUGCGUACACGAUACGACACCUGAAGGUCACGCCCGUGGUGACAGAGAGCAGCGGCGGGGAGGAUUCGCCCGAGCACAGCCGGCACAUAGUGCAGUACCACUACACGGUGUGGCCCGACCACGGCACGCCGCGCCACCCGCUCGCCGUGCUGCCCUUCGUGCGGGCCGCCGCUGACCCCGGCACCGUGCUCGUGCACUGCAGCGCUGGAGUCGGCAGAACGGGCACGUACAUAGUAAUAGACGCACAAUUAAACCAAUUGAAACUAACGGGGACGUUAUCCCCGCUCGGGUUCCUAUGCAGAGCGCGCACACAACGAAAUCACCUCGUACAAACCGAAGAGCAGUACGUAUUCGUACACGACGCCUUACUAGAGUACGUACGCUCUGGCAACACUGAAGUCGAAUUCGCUAAAGCCAGAGAAUACCUCGUCAAACUGCUAGAACCGAUCUCGGAAGACGAGCUAGCGGUUAUGGACCUUAGCCCAGUUAGAAAUAAGAGCGUUAAUGACUUGACAACUGUUGAGAAUGACGUCACAAGCGUCAAGUCGAGUAGUGAAAAAGAUAAGACUGAAGUUAUGGAGAAUGGCAGUGAAAUGUCAAUAAAAACUGAUGAACUGAACAGCGAGCCGAGUAAAUCUUCGGAUGGGCAGGAGAAAGAGGUGCUGGUUAAUGGGGAUGAAAGUGAGGGUGUGUAUGACUUGGCGCCAAGGUCUACGGACACGUAUAGCAAGAAAAUGGCCGCGUAUAAUAGUAUGAGUGAAGAGGAGAAAGAAGAGAUUAGGAGAGCAAAUCGUGCAGAAAAUUACGCACUAUUAGAGCGAAUGCGUUCGUUGGCGAAUCGGCAGCCAACGUACCAAGGGCCGCCGCCUGUCAAUUUGUUGGAAAAACAAUAUCAGUUGAUAACACGUUCAUGCGUAGAGCCAAGUGUAUGUGCACGCGCCCCACACAAUGCUGAGAAGAAUCGGCCCGGUGGCAUUCUACCUUCUGAUUCUGCUAGAGUCAUGCUCGUUCCGAAACCUGGUGUUGAGGGCAGCGAGUACGUGAACGCGUCGUGGGUGUGCGGGCGGCGGCGCAUGCGCGAGUACGCGGUGGCGCAGCACCCGGGCGGUGGGGGCGAGCUGUGGCGGCUGCUGUGGGACCACACGGGGCAGCUCGUGCUCGUGCUGCCGGAGCGCCCGCGUGGGGACCAGGAUUGCGACGUGUUCUGGCCGACGGAAGAUGACAGGGAGCUGUUCAUCGCGAACUUUAGAGCGAGUUUUGUGUCAAAGGAAACGUACGUGGCACAUCGGCGGCCAGAUAGAAAGGCUGCUGACACACCAGUGGAAGCACAGUCACCUGAAGUUAACGGUUAUAGGCGGCAGGAAGGCUCGGAGUGCGCAGACGAUGAACGACUUAUCCCAGAGAGCAAUUCGCCAAUCACAGAUCCGGAACCGGCCUAUCGCUUCGACAGAACAGAAUUACGCCUAGAUUCUUUGAAUGGCAGCAGAGAUCUAUCAGCGCGCAAAUCAAUAGCCAACGGCGAUCUAUUCUCAUCCCUACAAGAAAAGAAAAACGGCCCAAAAUCGCCUAGAAGUCCGUCAAAAAUGUCGCUGAAAAACUUCAAACUGAGUUCUCCAACGAAGUUUAAGUUCCCCGAGUGGGGAGCGCGGUCAGCUGGCUCCCCACCAGAGGAAGCACCCCCUCCCCCUCCCAUAGAACCUUCCCUAACCGUAGAAGAAGAAAUGGAACUACACAGGCCGUGUUAUUAUUUCGAGCGAGUCGACAGUGUCAGUGAUGAUGUGCCCACGGACAGAGUGAUCGAAGUGACGAACGUUAGUGUGCAUUCGUUGCAGGACGAUUAUCAAUUAAGUGUUAAGUUCAUACGGUGUUGUGGCUGGUUAAGCGGAGAUACUACGGAGUAUACUCCUGGGUCGCCGGAUGAUAAUGAGUUCGUGAGGGCCGUGAGGGAGGGGAGUGGGAGUGAAAGGGAAAAGGCGUUGGAUAGACUGGUCGAGCCGUAUAAGGACUCGUUUGCGCUGAUAGAGUUCGUGGCUGGCUGCCAGAUGGAGUAUAAGAACGGGCCUGUGGUUGUUGUUGACAAACUGGGCGGUUGGCGCGCGCUUUCCUUCUGCGCACUAAGCGCAGCAUGCGGCGGCGCUCGCAACCCCGCUGUACACGAGCCGGGAGCCGAACACGCGCCCCCCUGCCACACCGCUGAUGUAUACUGCGCAUGCGCAUUACAAGCACACGCGAGAUCCUCCCCCCACCCGUCGCAGCCAGCCUUCCCCCCACGGGCGUUACUAGCGUGCUACUGCGCGCUGGCUGUGUACGGCCCCCGGCUGCCGGCGAUCAGCUGAGCCGCUCACCCAUAAGGUCACGAGCGCAUCACAAAGAGUCUGAUACGUAGUGUAAAUACUCAGUGCGUUGUGCGGUAGCGAAGUAUUAUUUGACCAAACGUUGGUAAUGCCGUAUCCAUAGUGUGUUGUAAAGCUCAAAUGUUGGCCCACUGGUUGGUCAAUGUUGGCCAAUGUUUGUGAUAGAAAUUUUUAUGAAAUGAAGUCUUGUUCGCAGUUGAAAGUUUUAUGAGUAUAUUUGUUAUUUAAUAUAAAAAAAAUUUAUGUGUAUGCCCAAAACAAAGUAAUCCUAAAGUAUCUUAAAUUUUUUCAAUCGCUUUUAAAAUGUGUAUAAUUCUGCAAUAGAUGUCCGUUUGGACCACUAUUUAUCAAGAAAACGAGUUGUUUUUUUAAAUAAAACACAUUUCAGUUCAAAAGUUUAUUUAUUGUCACAUUUCUAAGUAAACAUUGGCGCCAACAUUGGCCAUAACCUAUAUACAUAUAAAAUUAACGUAGUUGAUGUAAUUCAUUGGCAAAUAACCUAGAUCAAGUUAAAGUUUCGUCUCUUAUGUAAUAAGAUGAGGUUGUGUGAGUAAUGUAAACACAAGUUAGUAGGUUUAGAGCGGACAAACAUACAAAAAAUGGGGGGGAGAAUGUUCUAUGAAAUAGCGUAUUUAUUAGAAAGUAUAAAUCAAA